AUGGUUCAUUUAGGUCCAAAGAAACCACCUGCCAGAAAGGGCUCCAUGGCUGAUGUCCCAAAGGAGUUAUUAGAACAAUUAGAAGAAUUGGAAUCUGUCUUCCACGUUUCCGCUGAUCAAUUGAAAGCUGUCACCAAGCAUUUCAUCAGUGAAUUAAAUAAAGGUUUAUCUAAAGAAGGUGGUAACAUUCCAAUGAUUCCAGGUUGGGUUGUCGAUUACCCAACUGGUAAGGAAUCUGGUGAUUACUUGGCUAUCGAUUUGGGUGGAACUAACUUGAGAGUCGUCUUGGUUAAAUUAGGUGGUGAUCGUACUUUCGAUACUACUCAAUCUAAAUAUAAGAUUCCAGAAGGUAUGAGAACUACUCAAGAUCCAGAUGAAUUGUUCGGGUUUAUUGCUGACUCUUUGAAAGAAUUCGUUGAAGAAAUCUUCCCAGAAGGUGUCUCCAAACCAUUACCAUUAGGUUUCACUUUCUCAUUCCCAGCUUCUCAAAGUAAAAUUAACAGUGGUGUUUUACAAAGAUGGACUAAAGGUUUCGAUAUUCCAAAUGUCGAAGGUCAUGAUGUCGUUCCAAUGUUACAAAAACAAUUGGAAGCUAGAAAAAUCCCAAUUAACGUUGUCGCUUUAAUUAACGAUACUACAGGUACUUUAGUUGCUUCUUUAUACACUGAUGCUGAUGCUAAGAUGGGUGUCAUUUUCGGUACUGGUAUUAAUGGUGCUUAUUACGAAAAUGUCGCUGAUAUUCCAAAAUUGGAAGGAAAAUUGGCUGAUGAUAUUCCAAAGGAUUCUCCAAUGGCUAUCAACUGUGAAUACGGUUCCUUCGAUAAUGAACAUGUCGUCUUACCAAGAAACAAGUACGAUAUCAAGAUUGAUGAAGAUUCUCCAAGACCAGGUCAACAAGCUUUCGAAAAGAUGUCCUCCGGUUACUACCUGGGUGAAUUAGUUCGUUUAGCUUUAAUCGAUUUACAUGACAAGGGUUUCAUCUUGAAGGGUCAAGAUAUGACUAAAUUGAACACUCCUUAUAUCAUGGAUACUUCUUACCCAGCUAGAAUUGAAGAAGAUCCAUUCGAAAACUUAGAAGACACUGAUGCUUUGUUACAAAAGGAUUUGGGUAUCAGCACCACUGUUCAAGAACGUAAAUUGAUCAGACGUUUAUGUGAAUUGGUUGGUAUCAGAGCCGCUAGAUUAGCUGUUUGUGGUAUUGCUGCUAUUUUCCAAAAGAGAGGUUACAAGUCCGGUCAUGCAGCUUGUGAUGGUUCAGUCUACAAAUUAUAUCCAGGUUUCCAACAACAUGCUGCUGAAGCCUUAAGAGAUAUUUUUGACUGGACUCCAGCUCCAAUCGAUCAAUAUCCAAUUAUAUUGUCUCCAAGUGAAGAUGGGUCAGGUGCCGGUGCCGCUAUUAUUGCCGCUGUCACUGAAAAAAGAUUAGCUGCCGGUAAAUCUGUAGGUGUCAUUGGUGCUUAG